AUGAAAGCUGUUGUAGCCUUCUUUGCCUCGGGCGCCUCUGCCUGGGUCAUCGGAACACAGCAAACGGAGAGUCACCCCAAGCUAACCUGGCAGCGCUGCACGGGCAAGGGCGGAACCAGCUGUUCCAACGUCAACGGCGAGAUUGUGAUCGAUGCCAAUUGGCGCUGGCUCCACGACAAGACCGCCAACAGCUACACCAACUGUUUUGAUGGCAACACCUGGAACGAGUCCCUGUGCCCCAACAAUGCGGCGUGCGCGACGAACUGUGCGAUCGAAGGCUCUGACUAUAGCGGCACCUACGGUAUCACCACCUCUGGUAACCAGCUCAACCUCAAGUUUGUCACGAAGGGGCAAUUCUCCACAAACAUUGGCUCUCGUACAUACCUUAUGCAGGACACAAACAACUAUCAGAUGUUCAACCUAAUUGGUAACGAGUUCAGCUUCGAUGUUGAUCUUUCUCAACUCCCUUGCGGUCUCAACGGAGCCUUGUACUUCGUGUCUAUGCCUCAGAAGGGCCAGGGAACACCUGGUGCCAAGUAUGGAACUGGAUACUGCGACGCACAGUGCGCUCGUGACUUGAAGUUCAUUGACGGCAAGGCCAACGCCGAAGGAUGGCAACCGUCCAGCAAUGAUGCGAACGCUGGUGUCGGCAAAUUUGGCGCAUGUUGCGCUGAGAUGGAUGUCUGGGAGGCGAACUCUGUCUCCACUGCUCUGACUCCUCACUCCUGCCAACCUGAGGGCUACAGCGUCUGCGAGGAGUCCGGCUGCGGAGGCACCUACUCACUCGACCGCUACGCCGGAUCCUGCGACGCCAACGGCUGCGACUUCAACCCAUACCGUGUCGGUGUCAAGGACUUCUACGGUAAGGGCAAGACCGUUGAUACCUCCAAGAAGAUGACCGUGGUCACUCAGUUCCUUGGCUCUGGCAGCACGCUUAGUGAGCUGAAGCGCUUCUACAUCCAGGAUGGAAAGGUCAUCCCUCAGCCGCAGCCUACCGUUCCCGGUAUGACCGGCAACAGCAUCACUCAGAAGUGGUGCGACACUCAACAGCAGGUAUUCAAGGAGGACGUCUACCCAUUCAACAAGUUCGGCGGUAUGGCCUCUAUGGGCAAGGCCAUGGCAGGAGGCAUGACUCUGGUCAUGUCGCUUUGGGACGAUCACUAUGCCAACAUGCUCUGGCUUGACUCCUCGUACCCUACGGACAAGGAUACCAGCCAGCCUGGUGUUGCCCGUGGUGAAUGUCCCACUACAUCUGGCAAGCCGUCUGAGGUCGAGUCUCAGUACCCGAAUGCUCAGGUCGCUUUCUCGAAUAUCAAGUUUGGCCCCAUUGGCUCGACCUUUGCUCAGCCUUCUGGCACUUGA